UAAUUUUAUUUUUUGCUUUUCAGGUACAUUUUGUAAGAGCUAGUUUGGAGGACCUUUGUUAUUGUGCUAUUGCAGCUGGAAUGCCGCGGUUUUGGAGUCAUCAAGUUGCAAUUAGAUAAGUAUUAUAUUUUAAAUAUAUAUUUCCCAGUAAUAGCUUGUGUUCCCUUGUUUCAAUAGUUAGAGUCUUUGAAGCUGGAGCUGCGUGCUUGACGUCAGCAGGAUGGAGCCGUUCACUAGCAUCUGCUACUUUGUCUGUCCGGUUAGGAGAGAAUUCGUCGAAGAUACAGAACUGAGGAGAAAUAUGCAAUUUAAGGACAAGUUUUGCACCAUAUUGAUGUGGCAUCUGCGCCACGCAAAUUAUCCUUAUUUAUGCGUUGGCGUCAGGAGAUGGAGACGGCAUCAUAAAAUUGUCAACUUUUUGUAUUUAAAAUCGCGAAAGUUGGCGAUUUUGUUUUGCUUUUGCGGUGCCUGUCUCUUAUUGUCGGUUGCGUUGAAGGAUUUACGUGCGUGGCGUCAGGAGUAUGGAAUCGCAUAUCUGUAUCUGCUUGUUUGCCUGGUUUUCGGAAAAUAAUUGGACGUACGAUACUGCGGAAAAUUAUGCAUUUUAGGGACGGAUUUUGUGGCUUAUAAGUGUGGUGUCAGCUCCGCGCUAGUGAUCCUAGAUGAUGCAGUGGCAUCAAGAGGUGCAGACGGCGUCGUAAAAUUGUAAAUUUUUUGUGUUUAUAAUCGCGAUAGCUGCCGAUUUUGUUUUUCUUUUGCGGAGACCGCCUCUUCUUGUUUGUUGCAUUGGAUUACCAGUUGGCUGUAGUCAAGGAGGUAAGAGCAAUAUUUGAU